AUGUACGAAGGUGACUCCUCGAUCGCUCGCCAGGAUGCCUACCUCAACAACGGUGAUGCACACUCUCUAAUCGUCUCGCGUGUCGCCGCCGCCUACAAGUCCACUGCCGAGGCUACCGGUGACUCCAGCAGGGGACCAGACCGAUACACUAUCGACAGUCUUGCCCAGGACUUUGUCACCAAGGCCGAUUACUCGGAGAAGAACAACGCGUACUACUUCGCCCCGCCAUUCUCCACCACCCUAGUGACCCCUGCCGCAUACAACUUCAUUCUCAACUGCAUGAGCAACCACACCGCCGAGGAGCCUAACGGCUAUCUCAACGGUGAGAUGUUCAAGCAAUUCUUCGGCGUCGAGGGAGACAGCCCCGAUAACUUCAAGUGGCUCCCUGGUCAGGGGCGCAUCCCCGAGAACUGGUACCGCCGCACAUCAACCAACCAUUACAACGCCGCCAAAGUCUUCACCGACGUGAUCCCAACGUUCCUCGCCUACCCCGACGCAUUCCGUCUCGGCGGCAACACCAACGGCGUCAACACAUACGCAGGCGUUUCCCUCACCGAUUUCACCGGCGGCGCAUACAACCUCAGCAACCUCCUCAGCUUCGAGAACAACAAGCCAGAUGGAAGCUACGCGGCCUGCUUCUUCGCCUCGGCUGUUCAGCAGGGAAUUCCAGGUUUCGCGAACUUGCCACUGGCGCAGUUGUCGCCGAUUACGGAUUUGCUUAAUAACUUCAUUAAGCCGAUUAUUCCGGAGGGCUUUGAUUGUCCGGAGGCUGAUAAGUUUGAUCAGACUUUGUUCAACCAGUUCCCAGGCCACAAGUACCGCCCAACCGGCCCGGCGACCAACUACUAG